UCAACAAUACUUUAGUUACAAAUUUUAUCAAAAGUUAUUCAACCGGUUUCCAAUUUCAUAUCAGUUAAUUUAACCAUUAACAAAAAAAAAAUGACAAUUGAACUCAUAAAUUUAUGUAGAUACCUGACUGAUCGAAAUUGUACUUCCUAUUGUUAAUUGGAACUAUAAAAAUACAUUCAAUUGACAAUUAUUGAUCAGUGACAAUAGUUACCUCUCAAAUAACCAUACAAAUACCCACCAUGAAAUUCCUUUUGUGUCUCGCUCUCUGCUUUGCCGCUGCCCAAGCCGGAUUUGUAGGAGUUCAAAAUGCUGUAGCAUACUCUGCUGGAGUUGCUGUGCCAUCAGUAUACAAUGCUCCUUUGACAUAUAAUGCUCCUCUGACAUACAACGCUCCAUUGGCUUACUCUGGAUAUCCAUCGGUUUAUAGUGCAGGACUAGCUGCUCCAGCUGUUUACAACAAUGUUGGUUUUGCUAGUCCUUUAGUAAGAUCAGCUUAUGCUGCUCCAACUGUCUAUUCCAGUCCAAUUGUUGCCAACACUUUGUUGAAGAAAUAAAACGAAAUGCUUUUUUUCCAAAUGAUUCAGUUUUAAUAAAUAUCUAUUGUUCUCAUUAUCAA